AUGGGAAGGAAAAAUUCCCUCAUAGGUGUUUUCUGGUUUGUUCUAAUCUAUUUAUUCUGUUGUCUUUAAUCAUAGGUUUCUGUGCUUGAGAGGCAGAUAUUUGACUUCCUUGGUUAUCAGUGGGCACCAAUCCUGGCAAAUUUUAUACACAUUAUUAUCGUCAUACUUGGCUUAUUUGGAACCAUCCAGUAUAGACCUCGUUACAUAACAGGGUAUGCUGGCUGGCUGGUCCUUUGGGUUACAUGGAACGUGUUUGUUAUCUGCUUCUAUUUGGAGGCUGGGGACCUUUCAAAG